GAAACCACAAGUAACGCAGACAUUCCGACUUCUGUAACAAUAAAAAGUGAUGUGACAACAGUUGUUACAGAAACCACAAGUAACGCAGACAUUCCGACUUCUGUAACAAUAAAUAGUGAUAUGACAACAGAUGUUACUGAAACCACAAGUAACGCAGACAUUCCGACUUCUGUAGCGAGCGAAAGCUAUGUCACAACCGUGGUUACAGGUACGUUAGACAAUAACACAGACAUUACCACUUCAGUAACAAGCAAAACCAAUGUAACAACUGAUGUUUCAGGUAAGUUAGACAGUAACACAAGCACUCCCACUUCUGUAACAAUAAAAAGUGAUAUGACAACGGAUGUUAUAGAAAUCACAAGUAACGCAGACAUUCCAACUUCUGUAACAAUAAAUAGUGAUGUGACAACAGUUGUUACAGAAACCACAAGUAACGCAGAUAUUCCAACUUCUGUAACAAUAAAAAAUGAUGUGACAACAGAUGUUACAGAAACCACAAGUAACGCAGACAUUCCAACUUCUGUAACAAUAAAUAGUGAUGUGACAACAGGUGUUACAGAAACCACAAGUAACGCACACAUUCCGACUUCUGUAACAAUAAAUAGUGAUGUGACAACAGAUGUUACAGAAACCACAAGUAACGCAGACAUUCCGAAUUCUGUAGCGAGCGAAAGCUAUGUCACAACCGUGGUUACAGGUACGUUAGACAAUAACACAGACAUUACCACUUCAGUAACAAGCAAAACCAAUGUAACAACUGAUGUUUCAGGUAAGUUAGACAGUAACACAAGCACUCCCACUUCUGUAAUAAUAAAAAGUGAUAUGACAACGGAUGUUACAGAAACCACAAGUAACGCAGACAUUCCAACUUCUGUAACAAUAAAUAGUGAUGUGACAACAGAUGUUACAGAAACCACGAGUAACGCCGAUAUUCCAACUUCUGUAACAAUAAAAAGUGAUGUGACAACAGAUGUUACAGAAACCUCAAGUAACGCAGAUAUUCCAACUUCUGUAACAAUAAAUAGUGAUGUGACAACAGAUGUUACAGAAACCACAAGUAAUGCAGAUAUUCCAACUUCUGUAACAAUAAAUAGUGAUAUGACAACAGAUGUUACAGAAACCACAAGUAACGCAGAUAUUCCAGCUUCUGUAACAAUAAAAAGUGAUGUGACAACAGAUGUUACAGAAACCACAGGUAACGCAGAUAUUCCGACUUCUGUAACAAUAAAUAGUGAUGUGACAACAGAUGUUACAGAAACCACAAGUAACGCAGAUAUUCCAACUUCUGUAACAAUAAAUAGUGAUACGACAACAGAUGUUACAGAAACCACAAGUAACGCAGAUAUUCCAGCUUCUGUAACAAUAAAUAGUGAUGUGACAACAGAUGUUACAGAAACCUCAAGUAACGCAGAUAUUCAAACUUCUGUAACAAUAAAAAGUGAUGUGACAACAGAUGUUACAGAA